AUGCGGAGCGUGGCCGUGAUGCUCCUCUGCCUGGCUGGCGGGCAGCUCACAAGCGCCACAAUCUGCAAGACCUACGGCACCAUCCCGGGCAUCCCUGGGUCACCAGGGAAGCCUGGCAGCAACGGCCUGGAUGGAGAGAAUGGCCAAAAAGGGGAGCGAGGUCCCCCUGGCCAUGUGGAGGAUGAAGGAGAGAUUGGGGAAAAGGGAGAGCCAGGAGCUCCAGGGUACCCUGGGAAGGUCGGCCCCAAGGGCCCCAUGGGUUCAAAGGGGGCUCCGGGUCUCAGGGGUCCCCCCGGGCCUCAGGGAGACUUCGGUGACCACAAGAGCACCCUGAAAUCUGCCUUCUCAGCUGCCAGGACGGUCAGCAUCCUGCCGCGGCGGGAGCAGCCCAUCCGCUUCGACCGCAUCAUUACCAACGUGAACAACAACUACGAGAACCGCUACGGUCGCUUCACCUGCCGCAUCCCAGGCAUCUACUACUUCACCUACCAUGUCACAUCCAAAGGCAACCUGUGCAUCAACAUAAAGAAGGGCCGGGGUGGCAGCAGGGGUGACAAGGUGGUGACUUUCUGUGACUUCGUGCAAAGCAGCUACCAAGUCACCACGGGCGGCGUGGUGCUCAAGUUGGCAGCGGAAGAGUCCGUCUGGCUGGAGCCCACAGAGAAGAACUCCGUCGUGGGUGUCGAAGGGGCUGACAGCAUCUUCUCCGGCUUCCUGAUCUUCCCCGAUGCUUAGUCUGCUGCGGACACCACCUGCACCCCCUCCGCUGCCUCUUCCCUGCAGCCGGCCUC